GAAAGAUAUAGAUUGUGGUCAAAUGCAAUACUUUGAUUUUUUAGAGGCCCCCGUAAGCAGAAAAGACGCUAUUAUUUGAAAUAGCUACCCACGAAGGGGAAAUGACUCUGUUCAUUUUGUCAGGUCGGUUUGUCCGUCCGUCCGUCCAACUGUCACACUCAAAUCUCAAAAUGUAAAAAAAACUUUUUUUGAAAAUCCGAUUUUACAAUAUUUAUCAGCUUGCAAAGUUCUGGUCCAAUUGCUACUUUGUUUUCUUAAAGAAAACCAUAAAAAAUUAAUUAUGAAAGAAUUUUUUCAAUAAAAUACACUACUUUUAAAACAUAGCAUAAAUGUUUUGAAAAAAGGGAAAGAUAAUUUCAUCUGUACCGUAGACCGCAGUCGAUCCUUCUAAAAAUAGCUACAUGUACUGCAUCAGUUUAGACACUACUAGUCGCGGAGAGACUAUGGUUAUCUCAUUGAAAAGAGAUUGAUGUUUCGGCAUUAGCUCUGGUCGGAAAGUGUCGCCCACACAGCAGUUCCCCUCACACUCCACGCAGCUGAUCUAGCCUAAGGAACGUCAAGUGCCCAUACCGUUUGGGGAUCAGUGGCGUCGCAGGCUCCGUCAGGGUGUAGUACUGGUCAAUGGUCAUUGUCACAGAUCACAUUAUAGAAUUGUGUGUACAUUUCUUAUUUAAAAGAAAUAUAAGCCCUCGACAUGAGUCUCGGGAUUUAAUCCUCAAAUUUAGACACUUGACAUUCAAAUCAGGAUUUACCCAAGGGACUUAAUUAGUAUGUUUGAAAUCUAUUGGUUGAUUUGAAUUUAAACAAAGACAUUUUUGAAAAGAGUUAGCGCCAGAGAAUUGGCGGUAGUAAGAAGGUAAAGUCAGUCGAAUAAAUAAUGUCCUUGUAGUCAGUCACGUUUCUAAGAGCUCUGUUUGAAAAGCCUUUGUAAUAUGUUCCAUGCUCAUUGAUUUAUAAUUUGUACAUAAGCUGUACUUACGUUACAUUUAAUAAAGUUCCAGAGUUUUGUUUUAUCAAAGAAUUGUCAAUUGUGAUUCUAGAUCUUCAUUUUUUGUUAACUAUUGAAUUCAAAUAAAAUCCCCGGCAUCACAACACAUCGUGACGUCAUACCAUCCGAAUGAAUGUUGUGACAUAUUUGGCACUCUCCGACUAACAAAAGUUCAUGGACAACUUUUAACGAAAUUUAUUCAAGAUCUAGGACCAAUUUCUAAACUCUUCAAAGGAACUUCAUUCUUAUUUAACGGAGGACAGAAUUUCUGUGUUUAACAGGUCAGUUGGUUAUCGAUAAUUCUUUUAUAAAGAUUUUCGUUAGAGUUACGUCUAACUCACGAAAACUAUUAUUAUAUGUAAUUGGCAAAAGGAAUAAGACCAAUAUACAUAAUAACUGGCAUUAUUAAAAGACCAGUAAAGCAAAUAACUGGCAAUAUAAAAGACCAGUAAAGCAAAUAACUGGCAGUAUAAAAAAGAACAGUAAAUCAAAUAACUGGCGUUAUAAAGAAGACCAGAUUUAACCAACUGUUAAACCAGUAAAAAGUACAUCGGCUCAAUAGAUCUAUAUUAUUAUUAUAUCUGAGAUAAAGCCAAAAUCCAGAUAUUGAACAUUUUGCUCCAAUACAAGAAACUAACAAAAAAAUUAAAUAUGGCUUCCAGUUCUAGAACACAACGAUUCUUCGAAUUAAUAGAAUUUGCCAAAGAAAAGCAAAUUUCAAAGCCAGACCAGUGGGCAGAGAAACAAGAAGAGAAAGAAUAUCAAGAGCAAGAAUCUGAAAAACAAAGGCAAGAAGCUGAAAAACAAAGGCAAGAUUCUGAAAAACGCAUACAAUUAGAAGAAAAAAAAUUACAAGAAUCUGAAAAACGCAUGCAAUUAGAAGAAAAAAAAUUGCAAGACGCCGAGAAACAAAGGCAAGAAGCCGAGAAACAAAGGCAACACGAAAAAGAAAAAAUGGAAUUCGAAAGGCAAAAUAAAGAAAAUAAAGAAAGCAUUCCAAUUCAAGGUCACUCAAGUAUGUUUGACAAAUACAGAUUAAUGAACAAAAUAUCGGCUUUCAACGAAAACAUUGACAAUAUGGACUCGUAUCUCAUAAGAUUUGAAGAAAUAGCUACAACAUCCGGUCUACCUGAAGCACAUUGGUCGAGCUCACUCCUCACCCUUUUGACUGGCAAAGCUGUCAACAUUUGCUCACAAUUGUCCAUCAAUGAACGCAGCACUUACUCUGAUAUCAAGGAAGCUCUACUGCGCCAAUACGGAGCAACUUCAGCCAACUAUAGAAAGAAAUUCUAUAAUGAAAGGCCACAGCAAAAUGAUGAUCCUCAAAUUUUUGUAGCUAAUAUGUCAAUGUGGUUUGAUAGAUGGGUAUCCAUGGCAAAAAUAGAAGAAAGUUACCAAGCUCUUCGUCAACAUAUUAUUAUCGACAACAUCACCCAUGCUCACUCAGAAGAUAUUCAAUCCUACAUUAUAGAGAGAAAUCCUACUGAUAUACAGACAUUAACCAAGAUCAUCAGACAAUAUAGAGCAGCCUAUCCAAACAAGUCAGUCAAACCAUCUGUUGAAGAAAAUUUUGUCUGCUUUGCUCAAGACAAAAAUGCAAGAUAUAAGUCAGAUGACAAAGUCAAAUGCAACAAAUGUCAUAAACUAGGGCAUUUCACGUCUCAAUGCCGCAGCAGAACCACAGAAUGUUCAUUUUGCCAUAAAAAGGGUCACCAAAAUCAUGAAUGUUGGAAAAAACAGGCAGUCUCCAAAAAUCAAAAUUUUGAUAGACCCACAUCACCAACUCAAAGAUACAACAAUAGAGAGCAAUACAAUCUCAACAAAGCACCUGGAAACAAUAAACCAGAUAACAACAAACCUCGCUACAGAAGUCAUUCACAGGACUCCAGACCACAAUAUAUGCCAAACAGAAGCUCAUAUAACAGAAGCUAUUACAAUGAGCACUCAACUAUGACAGUCAUUGCAAAGUCCAAUGGUCUCAAAUUUUAUCCAGGCUUUGUAGGAGACAAGAAGGUGGAAGUUUUUCGUGACACCGGAAGCACGUCCACAUUAGUACAUGAACGCUUCGUACACGCAAACCGUUUCACAGGCAACCACGUCCAAGUCACUGCAUUCAACGGAACUGUCAGCAAGUUACCUGAAGCCAUCAUUUAUGUUACUACACCAUUCUUCAGUGGUCAAACCAAAGCAUUAGUAACACCCAAUCUACCAGUGGACCUAAUCAUUGGAAACAUAGAAGGAGUUAAAGAAUGCACUCCUCAAGAACUUACUGAAUGUACAAAUGCCAUAGAGCAAGGUCAAAAAUGUUUGGCAGUAAUGACAAGAUCCAUGACCAGACAAGAACAUUUGGCACCUGAACAAGUUAGCCAAAAUAAUCACAUAGCUACCUCAGUUACUCAAGUUAUGCAGGAUGCAACAGAACCAUUUACUAGUCCAGUAGCCAGCAACAAUCAAAAACAUUCAACAUGGACACCCCCAGUUACAUCAAGCCCAUCCCUACCGGUCAUAAGUCCACCUCCAAUUCCCGAAUGUCCAUUGUUGAACUUUGAAGAACGAGACGACAUGCCCAGAGUCUCUAGCAAUGAUACAAGAACUCUAACUGGUCAAACUGAAGUCAAUCAAGACAAGUCUCAUGAACCAGAAUCAGAAGCAGAUAACAAAGAAAUUUUUAUUCAAUCAACUUUGGCUAUACCAGACAAAAGAAAAACUAUGCAACUUGACUCUAUCACUCAUACAAGUAUUCCUCAUUUGAAAGAAUGCGAGUCAACUAACGAAGCCAUUACAACCAAGAAUAUUGAAAGUCAAAGAAUAUUACAUGAACACAUGAAAUCAAGAUAUUUUGCUCAAGGAGAUCAAGUCAAUUUACUGUUACCAGAUUGGAGUAACAAGCUAUUCUACAAAUGGCAAGGUCCAUUUAUCAUCACCAGAAAGAUUUCCAACCUGCUUUAUGAAAUCAAUGUCAACAAGUUUACCAGAGUAUUUCAUGUUCAUAUGUUUGAACAUUACCAGGAAACAGAUAAUGAAGACAUCAAAGCAGAAGUUGAACAUUUUACAAGCUUAGCAACUAUUCCUGAGGAAGAAGAAACAUCAUCAACACCCAUUCCUGAGAUAGAUGUUUCAUUACCAACAUCAAAUAACAUUGACAUUCCAAAGGUCAUCACUCUGAAUGACAUAGCAGCAUCAAAUCAAAUUGACAGUCCCAAAGUCAUCACUCUGAAUGACAUAGCACUACAAACAGUGAAGAACAUUAAAGUGUUUCCAGACCAUGCAGAUUUCUUUACCAGUGUUUCUGAAACAUUUCCAGUACUGCAAUUUGAAAGAAACUCAGAAAGCAAUAACAUUGACAACACCAAGGUUCAUCCUCCGUCCACUCAAGGGGCAACUUUUCUUCAGAAAGGAACAAAUGAACUUCUUCAACAUUGCCGUAUUGACCGAUUGAACUCAGACAUGUUCAGUCAUUGCUCUAUUGAACAUUCUAAUGCAAAACAUUCUGCUACCAUUGUUCUACAGCGUCAAAGUUCAUCAACCAGAAAAUUGAGUUUUGGUUUCGGACAGUUCUUAUUUUCACCAAACUCAAACGCGGUUCAAUCAGACAUUAUCUGUGAGAUCAAUAUGACAUGGAGACAACAGCUUCAUAAACUGAAAGACCUUUUCUUCAAGUUUAGAAAACGCACAUGCACAUCCAUGUCGGCAAUUCAGAAGGGUUCCGAACUUUACAUUUCCACUCUACAUAUGUACUAUAGCAUAUUUAGUGCCACUUGAUCCAUUAUCAUUCAUACUCGUCAAGGAAGAACAGUAUUCAGUUGUACUUAAUCAAUUAAUUUGUCUACUCAUUUUUUCCACAGGAGUUCUAUAUCAGAUGUUGUAUUUAUUUCAGCACCAAGCAACCCACUGAGGAAGGUCACUCAUUCAAGAUACUUUUUAAUUAUGUUUCAGCAUCUUUGUGCAUAUGACAUGCAUCAGACAUUUUAAUUUUUAAAUCAUGUGCAUUUUAUUUCAGGUAUUUUAUUUCAGGUACAAUAUUAUUGCAUAUAUCCUAUUAUAAUAGUACAGAUACAUGACUUAUAAUUGGAAUUUUUCAUUGCUUCACACAUGUUGAGAUUUAUAUCACAUUGAGUAUUAUUUUCUCAGAAGAUUGUCAUGUACUAUCACAAUUAUUUUUUCUAUGUCAAUUUUUCAUAUGCAAUAUAUUUUUCCAUGUACACAUUUUCACAUUAGUACUAACCAAAUGAGUUAUAAUGUCAUAUUUUAAUAUUAUCAUGAAGCACCAUGAGAAGUAACCUAUUCAAUUCAAGAUUUAUUUUAUCCAAGUAUUAUGCCUUGUACAAUUUUUGAUAUUGUUCAUGACAAGCAUUGUCUCAUUUUCAUAACCAUUUCAAUAGUGAGACAGGUGUUCAAAGUCAUCAAUAAUUUUAUUCACUGCAUUUACAUAUUUUGUUAUCUCCAAGUUGACAUUAUUUUGUCAUAUGUUACCUCAACCAUUUUUCUAUAGUUUCAUGUAUGGUAUUUUAUGUAUAUUUAAAUAAUUUGAAUACAUAUGAGCAUUUCUAUUACCAUACAAAUGCUAAAUGGAGAGGGGGGUAAUAUGUCACAGAUCACAUUAUAGAAUUGUGUGUACAUUUCUUAUUUAAAAGAAAUAUAAGCCCUCGACAUGAGUCUCGGGAUUUAAUCCUCAAAUUUAGACACUUGACAUUCAAAUCAGGAUUUACCCAAGGGACUUAAUUAGUAUGUUUGAAAUCUAUUGGUUGAUUUGAAUUUAAACAAAGACAUUUUUGAAAAGAGUUAGCGCCAGAGAAUUGGCGGUAGUAAGAAGGUAAAGUCAGUCGAAUAAAUAAUGUCCUUGUAGUCAGUCACGUUUCUAAGAGCUCUGUUUGAAAAGCCUUUGUAAUAUGUUCCAUGCUCAUUGAUUUAUAAUUUGUACAUAAGCUGUACUUACGUUACAUUUAAUAAAGUUCCAGAGUUUUGUUUUAUCAAAGAAUUGUCAAUUGUGAUUCUAGAUCUUCAUUUUUUGUUAACUAUUGAAUUCAAAUAAAAUCCCCGGCAUCACAACACAUCGUGACGUCAUACCAUCCGAAUGAAUGUUGUGACAGUCAUAAUAUCGCGCAAGCUCGACUUUAAAUGGACACCUACUAAUUUUACAGAUAAAAUUAAUCACAAAAUGAAGGCUCUUCUCUUGUUAGUCAUUCUGGUGUCGUCUUAUUCUCUUAUUGAUGGUGUUCCUGGCCCAUGUCUCUAUGGGGCCGCUGUCUGUGUGAACCACGAGCUAGUUGCUAAAGAAAAUGGACAGACCUACUGCUGCCAGAGUGGCUAUAAAACAAUCACCACCAAACUGCACACCGUGAACGGAUUUAGCACAGUGGAGUGUCACUGCCUGACAACGUAAAAGGCGGCUUCUGAGCCAAAAGGACCUGCUUGAGGGAAGUGCCAUACCUGAAACAGUGUCUUUGCAAGCAAAGUUGUGUAAAGUUAAUUCUGUUUUGCGAGACUGUCAAGCUGUCAGAUUUGAAUAAAAUUUCUGGCAAAAAUA